AUGGUAGAUACCACACGGCACUUAAGUGAACGAUUUGAAUACACGGCUCUCGCCAACCCAGCUCAAAAUAUUCGACUGAUCGAGGUGCAUCAACCAAGCGGGCCCUCUCUCAUCCCAGUCAUCACCAUCUCUGAGACAACCAUCCGCGAUGCGCCGCCUGCUAGUCACGCCCCACCCUAUGAUGCGAUUUCCUACACUUGGGGAGAUGCAAUCGCUGAAGACUGCAUAUAUAUCCGGCAUUGCGAUGCAUUAGACAUGCAGAAAUUUGAAACUUUGAUAGUACGAAGAAACUGCGCCGAUGUCUUGCGGCAGCUUGCUCAAUUCGCAUCUUCAAGGUACUACUGGAUCGAUGCAAUUUGCAUAAAUCAAGAAGACGAGGACGAGCGAGCCCAGCAGGUGGCGUUGAUGGGUAACGUUUUUGGUCGGGCCCAAUGCGUUCUCGCCUGCGUUGGGGCGCAUCGAGAUGACAGCGCCUUUUUGGCUCAUACCUUGGAUCGUUUCGACGAAUUCAUGGCGGCAGGUCAGGUUUCGAGUAGUGUCUGGACAAUGAGGACUAAUCGUUCUGGAAACACUCCAUGGAGAAGCAGAAGCGACUUCGGUACAUCUCAGGAAGCCAGAUGCGUCAUACGGUACUUCGCUUGGGUUAGGCAGGCGAGUGACCUUGCUUUUGAGCGCUUCUUUCGGGCUCUCGAUCGUUUCGCACGGCGAGUGUACUUCUGGCGAAUAUGGAUUCUCCAAGAACUUUGUCUGGCAAAUAAAAUCAGGAUAUUCUGUGGCGACAACGAAUUGCGUCUAUCAUCCCUUCUUUUUUGGUGGAGGGACGCGAAGAGCAUGGCAAUGCAUCAGAUACAAUAUCAGGACGCCGAUUCAGGUUAUCCUGUACAUGCAUUUCACACGAUUUUGGAGAAGUUAGGACCAUCUUACCUUCAAGAAGCGCUCUGGAAAGACCCACACUAUUUUCAAGAACAUGGGGGAUCGGGUCUUGGGACUGCAUUCGAAGAUAUGCUCUACGAACGUCAAGCUACCAGAUCCGGUUCUCAACCCUUCAACAGACACUUGAUGGCAAUCCCGGAUGUUCUUAGGAUGUGCGAGUACAGACAGUGUCAAGAUCCGCGAGACUGCAUCUACGGAACCCUUGCUCUAUGCAAUUGGCGGACUGGUGUCUCUUUGUGCAGAGGUGGUCAUCAUGUCAACAAUGGAUCGAUCAUUCAACCAGAUUACAAAAUGUCUGCUUUCGAUCUUGCCAAAUCGCUCAUGCCAGGCCUCCAUGAUGUCCCACAGCUGAACAGACUAGUCAUGGGCAUGUUAGGUCUGAGCCAUCUAGACCCAGAAGUCCAGAAAGGUCUCGAGCUUCGAUGUAGAAGGUUUCCCGACCUCAUGUCGCUGGAAACAAUGCCAUAUCGACGCAUAAGCAACGGAACGCAGAGCUGUGUUCACAUUGUGGAAGGGGGGUUUCAAUUAACACCCGAUUCCCCGUGGUCACUCUUACAAGAGAAAGUUGGAUUGAUGGCGUACACAAAAGUGCUCGGUCCGGAUGAUCGAUGUUGUGCGAUCACAUCGGUGUCAGUCAAAACUGGCGAUUGGCUGAUCCCAACGCAUUACGGCCGAGGAUUCGUACUGCGACAAUGGGGCCACCGCUAUACCAUCAUCGCAAAGGCCUACUGCCCACCAGAACUAAUGUCUGAUGAGCUUGUGCUCACUGCAUUUAUGAUGUGGUACGAUGUCGAUGACCUUCUAAUCCAUCUUGUUGGAGGACUACGAGGUCUUGCGGCUGACGAGAUCGAUCCGCCUUCCAGAGAAUUGAUCGAGCAUCUUAACAUUGGAUUUUGUGCUACGGAAAACUCGUCAUUUGGCCAAAUGCCAUCCCGACGCCGAAUUUUAAUGGCCUAUGAAUAUGACUUUGAUACGUUGGGGGUAUGCGAAACGAUUGUAAGAGACUGCUACGAGGACAACGAUAUGAUCUGA